GCGGGGGGGUUCAUAGACGAGCUACAAGAAGCAUUGGAGAUCUGCAUCUGUCGCCUUAGACGACUCAAACACACAUACUUUUGCCGCUAAUCCAUUAUCAUUUCUAAUUUGUUCUCUUCACGUUUUUCUACUAGUGACUUUCCACUUUGUCGUCGUUCCAACUUUUGUCAGCUCGGGUCACUCGGGUUAUAGCAGACUCCUCACACGUUCGACGUCAUUUAUCUACAACCACAUCAAGGAACAGUUCGAAAUCAAGAAACCAGGGGAUGUCUUACGAAGUUUCUGUCGUGACUCAUCCGUCUGCAGACAUCGUCAAGCCGUCGAUAAUCAUCGAAGAUAGGUCAACUGGUGAUAGAACGAUUAUCGGAAAUGUUCCUUCCGGACUACAGAGAAAAUGCAAUGAAAUGCAUUUGAAAACCAGCAGAUUAACGAAUAUAUUCUUCUCCGGUAUACUCGAUUGGGAGUCUUUGGCUGGUCUGCCAGGCUUGAUUUUGACCGUCAGUGAUCAGGGCGUCAAAUCCUUGAACUUAUAUCAUAGUGGUAACAGGAUUCUUCAGUAUAUGAUAUCUUGUUGGAGAUACUUUAUUUUCAGAUUUGGAAUGAACUUGAAAGCAGAUGAUACAGACGUAUCGGUUGAGCACAGUAAUAUUCGGUAUACCCCAAUCAAUAUCAAUUCGUGCACUCACUAUGGUACAAACGAUGGGAAAGCUGAAGACCAUGCCAAAUUGAACGAGCUUAUGAAAAAAAUCUUCCCCGUUCCAGCCAACUCUGCAAAACCUGUGUAUAACGAAAAGAAAAUCACAAACGUCACACUACCAAAAUCCAUAGUUAACCCUAAAAGAUCAACAAAUUGGAUAAUCACCCCUAACUCUGUGAGAGGGAAAUUUCUGGUAAAUGAGGCAAAGAAUCUAGGAUGUGAAGUACAGCAUUACAAAAAGCUAUGCAGUUUCAAAUCUGUCACUCUUUCCGACGGGACAGUCAUCAAUCCCGAACAAGUACUAGAGCCAACAAGGCACUUUAAUCCAUUACUCGUAUUGGAUAUACCUUCCACUGAAUACUUACAAAAUACUAUAUCUUAUGACUGGCGUGGAAACUCUCCAAAUGGCUUACCUUACGCUUCUGUUUUCCACUUCAUUGACGAUUCCGUAGCAGAUCCAUUAUCAAAUCCGGAUUAUACAAACUUCAUUAAGUCAUUUGGUCCAUCCACGACUCAUUUCAUUAGUCACAAAUCCUACUGCCCCGACUCUUUGAACUUCUUCAAAACUUUUAGAGUUUCUCUGAAGUGGAAAUCGUUACUUCCGGAGUUCUUUCCUCUUCCAAAAUGGUCCAAUGAUUCCGUACUGAAAAUUUCGGACAGUCAAGUUAAUGUGUUACCUUUGAUAUCAGGCCAAAAAUUGGUCAUGAAAAGUACAACAGGUACGGUUUUAGAUGAAUCUUCAAAACAAGGAUCAGAAGUGUCAAUGUAUACCCCCGAGGCAGCCAAGUCUAUUUACGAUGAAGAAAUUGAGCCUAUCGAUUUUGACUACGUUGUUUCAAAAAAGGAAUUUGGUGAAAUGUUGCACAACAGGAAUUCGGCUGAGAGUUUAAACAAGUUUGUUGAUGUUUCUAGAAGCUUAAAAGACCAAGUCGAGACCCUUGUACUAGGAACUGGUUCAGCUUUGCCCUCCACUCUCAGAAAUGUUUUGUGUAACCUUGUGCGUAUACCAUUCAAAGCAGCAGAUGGUACAACAGGUUUCCGUACGAUAGUGCUAGAUGCUGGUGAAAAUUCAUUGGGAUCACUACGCAGACUCUAUCAACCAGGGGAGUUCAAUAUGAUUAUGGACGAGCUUUCAAUGAUUUACCUUUCACAUUUACAUGCUGACCACCAUUUGGGGAUCAUUGAUUUUAUCAGAGAAUGGAACAAUAGGCAGAUUGAAAGAUACGGAGCGGAAAAGAGAUUUCAAAAGCUUUUUGUUCUUACACCAUGGCAAUAUGACUUGUUCAUGGGCGAAUUAAAUCGUGUGGAUCCAUUUAUCGACACCAAUUAUCUUUGUCAUAUUUCUUGCGAUGAGUUUAUGCUUGGCUAUACUGCUCCAUCAUUAGAACAAAUUGAGAUUGAAACCAUUGAGACCGGAGAAAUUGGUUCGAUCUCUGCCAGGGAAAUCGAGUACACAAAAAAUGAAGACACUGCUAACUUCAUCUACCAGAAUUUGGGGAUUAGAAAUAUAACUACCUGUUCCGCACACCAUUGUGAAUAUGCCUAUUCUUGCAGUAUGACAUUCAAGUUGGACAUGGGGAGUGAUAACACCGAUGAGUCUAACAUUUUCAAGGUUUCUUACUCUGGAGACACUCGUCCGAAGUCUGCAUUUGCAUACAUCGGUGAAGACUCAGACCUCUUGAUCCACGAAUCUACUCUUGAGGACGAAAAGUUCAAAGAUGCAGUGGAUAAAAGACAUUCAACAACUUCUGAAGCUGUUCAGGUCGGUAUAUUAAUGAUGGCUAAAAAAAUCAUCCUUACUCACUUUUCUCAAAGAUACAAAUCAUUCACAUGUUCAAAAUCCGUUUACGAAAGAUUGGAAAAUCCAUAUACAAAGGAAGAUCUGAUUGAAAGCGGGAUUUACGUACCUUCGCCACCAUCUUCUCCGAGAUCAAACAAGUCUACUCAGUCCAUAUUAUAUGAAGAUCUAGAAAUACCUUUAGAAAUCAAGUCAAAUAUUUUUGGGAAGCCAUUAUCGGAGUUUGCCAAAGCCAAUGCGGCAAAUAUUGAAAUUCUCUUUGCAUCAGACAACAUGAAAAUUGAGUACGGAAAAUUGGGGAUGCAAAGAGACAUAUUUGAAAAACAAGGACGUAAAUUAGAGAGGCUCUUCUUUGUUGAUGAGGAAGAAGUAGACAACAGUGAUGAUGAGAGUAAAGCUGCCAAAGGCGCUAAAAAGAAAUUGAAACAAGAGGUUGAUCAGAAAAAGAAACGUAAAAUGACACCGUCACCUUAGCUACAUAAAAUACAUAAAGCUAAAUAGUUCUGUACAAAUAGAUUAUCAAUUCAUCGAAGGAGCUAAUCCCAUCAUUGCAAAAUUGAGUGCAUUCUCUCCGCUAACAAGAGACAUGUAUUUUUUCACCCGAUGAUUGAUGCAGUCAUCACUUAAAAUAUCACCGUUUUCAUCUGUUGUCUUUUUCAGCAAUAUCGGACCAUUCCUCCUCCCGUCAAGUUCGUAAAUCCCAUCCGGUCUCUUCACGAAACAAACAAAAUGUAAUUCCACGUUUUCUUCAGCGGGAGGUGCCUCUGUUUGCCCUUGUUGACUGUAGUUGGUAUACAGCUCUUUUGCGAUGUUUUGAACCAAUGUAACGGGAUUAGCAUUUCCGUGAAGUAGAUUUCGCCGGAAAUUUGCAACAGCAGAUUGCUGAACUAUUAGGCCAUCUUGUAUAUUCAAAAGAACGUGUAAUAGCGCAUAUAGUC